AUGGCGCAUUCUAAGGGUCUUCAGAGCUCUAUUUGGGCCGCGGCCCCCAGUCACGCCGCCUACGCCAGCUACCAAAUACGCACGCCCACGCAAGAUCAGGCUUCGCGAUCGAACCGGUCACGAGACAACCCGCCGUCCUCAUACAGUGCAAACUACACAAACGCCUCUACUGCCGGCGCUGCGUCAUCAUCAACCACUUCUGGCACACCCAGCUCGAACUCGACCUCAUUCACGACCCCGUCCACGAGCAACGGGAGCCCUGCUGCGGCCGCCCUCAGCCCGGAACGCACGCUCCAUCGCCUGGAGCAAGCAUGUCUACGGCUGCGAUGGAAGUCGCACGAUCUCGAGGCCGCCUGGACGCGCUGUCGUCACCCGCAGGAGUUUGGCUUCCCACCGAACAUUGCCGAGGAAAACUUCAAGAUUGACUUUUACGAAUUCUACACUUGGAUUGAGAACGCGCUCGUGCUGAUCCAGCGGAUCUUUGGGAUUGAGAUCCACGCCCACAGCAGCGCCGUCAACGCGCGCAACCACGCGUAUCACCACAAUGUGCUGCUCGCCCUGAGCGACAGGCAGAGCCCGCUGCACGAGCUGCUGGGCAAGGGCGAGGUGAACAUCGCGCUGUGGAAGGCCAAGGAGCUGCGGAACCGGUGGAAAGACGCGGCGGAAGGCAACGAGAGCACACCCUUGGGGAUGUAUGAUCUUACGUGGAUCCUGGGCCGGGUGCUCAGCGGCCUGGAGGCGGGUUACGAGAAGGCGAGGGAAGUUGCCAGCAGCAGCGAGCCGGCUGCUUCUGGGACGGAGGACUGGGCGUGGAUGGUGGACGACAGCAUGGACUGGGAGGGCUGCUGA